AUGCUCACUGGUGUGAUACAGGUCAUCUUGGUCUUGUGCUUUGUAACACCAUGUAGGAGUGACGUUUGCAGCCAAAAAAUCUGUCAAUGUACCAAGUUCGGUGGGACUCGGCAAAGAGUAAUAUGUCGAGUUCAUGGAUACAUACCGGCCGGAAUCCCAAACAAUACAGUAGAACUGGAUCUUUCAAGUUGUUCGUUGAGCUCAAUUACAGAAGACAUCUUUAGGAACCUGACCGUUUUAAAGAAAUUGGACUUAUCAAAUAAUUUACUGCGACACAUUCCUCAAAACACUUUCCGGAAUAUGGAGGAACUUAAAGUAAUGAAUAUCAGUGACAACUUACUAUCAGUUGCUGAUGUGAAGGUAAUUCUCAAAGGAUUAACACGGCUUCACAAACUAUACCUUGAUGGAAAUCCGCUUGGACCAUCUCUGCCAGCAGACAUCUUCGCUGGGUUUGAAAAUUUGACACAUCUGUAUUACCUGCAUUCAUCUCUGAGAAACAAGCUUGAUUUUAAGCUUAACAGAAAGUUACAACGCAAUCUAAUCACAGAUUUAUCAAGAAUUGUCACAUCUGGAAUUGAAGAGGUGUAUACCCUAUUGUUGGACAACAAUAAGAUCGAUCACCUUCCACCGAACAUAUUUCAGAAUACUAAAGUAACCGUGAGCCUGAAAAUCAAUCACAACUUACUAUCAAUUGCUGAUGUGAAGGCCAUUCUCAAAGGAUUAAAGCAGCUUCACACACUAGACCUUAGUGGAAAUCCACUUGGACCUUCCUUGCCAUCAGACAUCUUCGCUGGGUUUAAAAAUAUGGCAUAUCUUUCCGUGACUGCUUGCAACUUGCAAAAUAUCGCCAAUGGAACUUUUCGAGAAAUGCGAUACCUAAACGGACUGUUCCUUCAAAGAAACGAGCUAGAGACAAUAGGUGAUGGCACUUUAAAACAAUUUAAACACCUCGACAGAUGCAUGAUAUACAACAACAAGCUGACAUCUGUACCAGAUCUGACAGGCCCUAACUCUAUUAUUAAUCUAUUACAUUUACAACAAAAUCGAAUCACAGAUUUAUCAAGAAUUGUCAAAUCUGGAAUUGGACACGUGUUUCAAAUACUGUUGGACAACAAUGAGAUCGAUCACCUUCCACCGAACAUAUUUCAGGAUAUUUUCGUACUCGGAAACCUGUGA